UUAAUUAAUCAAACUUUUUUUUUUUAAAUCGCAUGACAGCGAUAAUAUCAGAGAGGGUAACACGAAUAACCUUGAUUCACUGACAGACUCAAAGAGCCUUCCUGCCAUCUCGAGUGAAUUCUCGGCGCUUCGCUCGGAGGGCAGCGAGGUCGCCGAGGCUGACGUGAAUCGCCUCUACGAAAUGGCGCGCAUCCUGGGGGAUGGCAACUUUGCGGUGGUGCGCGAGUGCCGGCGUCGCGCCGAUGGCCGGCCGCUGGCCGUCAAGAUGGUGGAGCGCUCGCAGCUGCUGGGCCGAGAGCACAUUCUGCAGAACGAGCUGAGCCUUCUGGCCAGCCUGCGGCACCCGCGCAUCGUCAGACUACUGGCCCACCACCGCACGGCCGCAAGGGCUUACCUGGUCAUGGAGCUUGCCAGUGGGGGCGAUCUCUUCGAGGCCAUCAGCGUACGCGGCAGCUUCGGUGAGGACGAAACAGCGGUCAUGGUGGCCGAUGUGAGUGAGGCGCUUAAAUACAUCCACCGCAGGAGCGUGGUCCACCGGGACGUCAAACCAGAGAACCUGCUGAUCGUUCACGCGGUUCCUGGCAUGACCAGACUAAAACUGGCCGACUUCGGCCUCGCCAUGGUCGUGAGCGAGCCGGUCUUCACCAUCUGCGGCACGCCCACUUACGUGGCACCCGAGAUUCUAUCCGAGACAGGAUACGGCGUGGAGGUGGACAUGUGGGCGCUGGGUGUCAUUCUCUACAUCCUUCUGUGCGGCUUCGCCCCCUUUCGAAGUCGGGAUCGAGAUCAGGAGGAGCUGUUUGAGAUCAUCAAACGGGGGCAUUUGCACUUCCUGUCCCCCUAUUGGGACACCAUCUCAGAAGAAGCUAAAGGCCUGGUUUCAGGCCUCAUCCAGUCCGACCCUGUCACGAGGAUGACGGCACAGAACACGUUGCAGCAUCCCUGGCUGAGGGCCAAGGUGGCCAGUUGCCAGCAGAACGUGCUGGAGUGCCACCACACGACCAGGACGGAGGAACAUCGACCUAGACCAGCAACGCUAGACAGAGAGAAGGUCCAGACUACACCGAGGGAAAACCCAUAAACUGUGAGGCUCUCAAGCGCCGGGCAGGCUUCAGACCCGAAGAGUUCCGACACUCCAACGAGCAACCCAUUCAAACAAGAGAUGUGUCUAAAACAAGUUACUUUCAACUUCAAUGCAGCUAACAAUCAAAUGCCCGAGGAGAAAGUCUGAAUUACAAAUAAGAAGCAUGUCAGUCCGCUCUGGGGGGGUUGCAUUGGGCAUCCUCAUCUUGGAAAGCUGGCACCUUUAACAGCCGUCCUCCAUUUUUUCCAAAUAGGCCCCUAGGGCAUUGCCCCUUAAGGAGGUUCAACAUAUUCUCAAGCCUUGGUUCACUCACCUUGUAUUUAUGGCUUUGUUAUUUACACACAAUGUAAUAAAGGGGUCAAAAAGUG